AUGACAGAAGGUAGGAGAGAGCUGGAGCAGAAGCAGCAUCUGCUCUGUGUAUCCUCUCUGGGAAGAUGAAGCUCCUCCCCCUCCUCCUCCUCCUGCUGACUUUUCUUCUGUCUCAUGAGACUGGAGCUGAUGAGAUCGUUGGAGGGAAAGAAUCAAUGCCCCAUUCCCGCCCUUACAUGGCUUUUCUGGAAAUCAAGCGUUGUAAAAGAAAUUUCACCUGUGGUGGGUUCCUGAUUCGAAGAGACUUUGUGAUGACAGCAGCCCAUUGUGAAGGAGACUCUAUCACAGUAAAACUUGGAGUACAUAACAUCAGAAAGCCAGAAGAGACUUGGCAGACCCUUAAAGUCAAGCAUCAAUUUCUUCACCCAAAAUAUAAUACUGAAAGGUCUCUCAAUGACAUCAUGUUACUAAAGCUGGAAAAGAAAGCCAAACUGACAACAGCAGUGAAUACUCUCCCCCUGCCCUCCAGAUUCAAUUCUGUCUCACCUGGGCAAGAAUGUCUAGCUGCUGGCUGGGGAAGUACAGAACCAAGGGCCCCGGGAUCAGAAACUUUACAGGAGGUAGAACUGACACUAAUGAAUCCCAGUGACUGCACAAUGUCUUUUGGCUGUUUUGAUGAGAGAUCCCAGUUGUGUGCGGGGAAUCAUACCUCAAGGAAAUCAGUAUUCUUUGGAGAUUCUGGAGGACCCCUCGUGUGUUCUUGUGUGGCCCAAGGAAUUGUCUCCUAUGGAAACAAAAAUGCAAAACCGCCUGCUGUCUUCACAAGAAUUGCUCAUUACGGCUCCUGGAUCAACCAAAUCCUAAAUGCAAAUUAGCCCCUGUGGCCCUGGCUCAGCAAAAAGGAAUCUCCCUCCUAAGGCCCAGCCUCCUCUCUGGGACUGUCCCUCACACUAGGACUGUCCCCCUGCCUGCCCAGCUUUGCCCCAGAAUCUAAGAUGUGUGGGGGAGGGGAAGAGGAUAAAGGGUAUGAAGAGUUACUCUGGACAUUGAACGAAGGUCGACUAUGACUGCAAUAAACCAAAGCAUCCAGGCUUGUGUGUGUGAUUACUCUCUCCCACUGUAGUCCCCCCUCUCCCUGCCCAAGACAGCAUAGCAGCAAAGGACCUCCUAGAGAAGAGGGAGUCAGUAUUCACAAUUUUGGAAUGGAAGUAAAUAGUCCUCAUUGUUCUUGGUUGGUUGUUUCCUAAUGGCCACUCAUUGCAUUAGGUUUUAUUUGGGUACCACUAAGAAUGCUGGUCUAUUUUGAAAAGGAAAAAAAAAGGAAGACAGCACGGCCUUCACGUGAUAAACUAGUGAGCUUCACUAUAGUUCCUAGAAAAAUGCUGGCU